AUGAUUAAGAAGCUGGUCCUGAUGAAUGCCAGUCUAAAGGAAGAAGAGAAGACACACAAGGCCCAGGCCAGACCCAGGCCAGACCUAGGCCAGACCCGGGCCAGACCCAGGCCAGACACAGGCCAGACCCAGACCAGACCUAGGCCAGACCCGGGCCAGACCCAGGCCAGACACAGGCCAGACCCAGACCAGACCCAGGCCAGACCCAGGCCAGACCAAGGUCAGAUGCAGGCCAGAUGCAGGACAGACCCAGGACAGACCCAGGCCAGACCCAGGCCAGACCAAGAGGGAGACGGGCGUGAUGACUUCCCAUUGUCUGUGCUCAAUCGGGCCUGCUGGUUUCAAUCUCCCAUCUACCAGUCUCCCAUCUAUCAGUCUCCCAUCUACCAGUCUCCCAUCUACCAGUCUCCCAUCUACCAGUCUCCCAUCUACCAGUCUCCUAUCUACCAGUCUCCUAUCUACCAGUCUCCCAUCUACCAGUCUCCCAUCUACCAGUCUCCCAUCUACCAGUCUCCCAUCUACCAGUCUCCUAUCUACCAGUCUCCUAUCUAUCAGUCUACUAUCUACCAGUCUCCUAUCUACCAGUCUCCCAUCUACCAGUCUCCCAUCUACCAGUCUCCUAUCUACCAGUCUCCUAUCUACCAGUAUCCUAUCUACCAGUCUCCCAUCUACCAGUCUCCUAUCUACCAGUAUCCUAUCUACCAGUCUCCUAUCUACCAGUCUCCUAUCUACCAGUCUCCUAUCUACCAGUCUCCCAUCUACCAGUCUCCCAUCUACCAGUCUCCCAUCUAUCAGUAUCCCAUCUACCAGUCUCCCAUCUAUUCUCCCAUCUACCAGUCUCCCAUCUACCAGUCUCCCAUCUAUCAGUCUCCCAUCUACCAGUCUCCUAUCUACCAGUCUCCUAUCUACCAGUCUCCUAUCUACCAGUCUCCCAUCUACCAGUCUCCCAUCUACCAGUCUCCCAUCUACCAGUCUCCCAUCUACCAGUCUCCUAUCUACCAGUCUCCUAUCUACCAGUCUCCUAUCUACCAGUCUCCUAUCUACCAGUCUCCUAUCUACCAGUCUCCUAUCUAUCAGUCUCCUAUCUAUCAGUCUCCUGUCUACCAGUCUCCUGUCUACCAGUCUCCUAUCUAUCAGUCUCCUAUCUACCAGUCUCCUAUCUAUACGUCUCCUAUCUCUCAGUCUCCUAUCUACCAGUCUCCUAUCUACCAGUCUCCUAUCUACCAGUCUCCUAUCUAUAAGUCUCUUAUCUAUCAGUAUCCUAUCUACCAGUCUCCUAUCUACCAGUCUCCUAUCUAUCAGUCUCCUAUCAUAGCUAACGAGGACCACAGUCUCUAA